GUCGUUCCUUCUAUGGGUAAGUCAAGUUCAGUUAGAAAGUCCUUCCCUCUCUGCUCAUCCUUCCCCGUUCCUAGCUUAGCUCUCACUAUUGAAGCUCGUACGCAAUGAGCCUCUCACGUUUCACUGAGAUUGCUGCUUAGUCCUUCUCAAAAGCCUAAUUCGUUCGCCUAUGAAUAGUCAGAAAAGUCUAAUUCUUUCACCUAUAGGUAGCCAAAAUCCCGGAAAAAAGGAACUUGAUGAUGUUCUUCUCCCCUCGUGGUUUCUAUCUAUAGAUCCUAGACGGCGGAGACCAUCUAGCUAUUCAUUAAGAAAUGCCUGAAAUGCUUGCUUUAUUGGUUGGCAGCUUGGUUAUAGUCGUUAUGAAGAAUGAAGGAGCACUGCUGCACUUCCACGACAUGGGAAAGGAUCAUGGGAUGAGGAAAAGAAAGAAAAGGUGCAAGGUGAGGAGAUAUCGAGAGGUAGAAUAGGUGAAAUGAGUUCAAAGGAAUUAGUUAAGACACGCUUCUUUAGCACAGGCCACGGAGUGAAGUUGGAAGGUUCAAUGAACUACGCGAAGGGCAAAUCUUGGGCGCUAUUGUUGUCUAUAUACAAGUGGCGUAGGCGAAGCUGUGGCGACUCGUGGAGUAGACAGCGAGCUCCGCUUGAACAGAAAGCAGCAAGCUGCAAGCACUACUCCAAAAGCAGUGAGCUCCGCAACAAAAGCGAAGCGAGCCGCGGUAGCCUAUUAAGUUUUUCAGCUGCAUCGUACCGUACUAUGGGAGGGGUCCGUACCUCCUUUAGAUAGAGCCCCCCUGCUCCUAAUGUAGAGCUAGAACUACUGCUACCGUGGAAUCCGCGGUCACACAUAAGUAUCUCGCCUUCCAAAAAAAGCGGCUGUUAAUUAGCACUAAUGCUAAUGGGGACCAUCGAUCAAGAAGGACUUCGGAGACUGCAAUCGAAUUGAUCAAAAAAUAGAAAUAGGGCCAACUCUUCUAGUUGCGCCUCUAACCUUACUACGCUACCCUGAUAAAAGGUCGAAUUCAGCAGGACUGCAGGCACGAAAUGCCGAUCAAAUCCGUUAAAGGAAGCCUAAUCAAAGCGGGCAAACAAGAAGAUCUGGCUGAGUUGAUGAUGGACCGGAUCUCGAAAGGCGAGAGGCUUUCAUAAAGACGUAUGAUAAACGGAGGGUCGAGAGAGGCUUAUUGCACGAUCCGCCCAACCCAGCUAAGCUAAUAAAUGCUGCAUAAGAUAAGAGAGUGGGAGGCCGGCCCCCGCCCAUCUGGAGGUGCACACCCAUUAUUGAACAUAUACAAAGGGCUAAAGAGAGAAGUCCAUGGAGAACUACCAAAUCCAAUGACUUUUAUUUGUUCGUACCAUUCUGUCAUCGAUCACUGCUGGGUCGGUUGGUGAGUCACCCAAAAAAAGCAUCGAGAAAGGUCAAGCAUAUAUGUUUUAUGAAAUGAUCAGUGGUUUCAUUUAUGCUAUGCCCUGCAUCGUGUUCGUCUGUGUUUAUUGAGCUUUCAGCGCCAUGCGCUUUGCUUCGCUUUAUAAAAGAGAGAGAGAGCCUUGUCUUGAGAGUGAAAAGAAAGGGCAAGCGAUAGAAAGGAUAGUCCCUCGCGCGUUCGCGAGAACUACUAGAAAAUGGUGAGAUCAUUAGAUCAUUAGUGAAAGAAGGACCAACGACGAUCCUAUCCUAAAGGAGAAGAAGGAGUAGGAGGAGUCAGUUUUCUUUGAAGAUCGAGGAAUCAAUCUCCCAAUUAUGCCAUUCGGAAGAAGUCUUCUACAGAGGGAAAGCCUGUUACGAGUAAGUGGAGAGGAAAGAUCUCCAGAGAUUCUUAUCUCAUUCCAUUCCAGUGGCUCAACCAGUAACCAAUGGCGAAAACUAAAAAAUCCAUGGUUUCCCGGUAGAACCCUAUUUCGCCCAAGUUGUUUCAGAACCGGAAAAAAGAAGCGGUUUUUCGCGCAGCUUGCGCAUAGUGCAGGUCCCACUUGUAUAUUGUAUUUGGCCGAAGAAGCAUCGGACAGGUUGGAGUUCUUACCUUCUUGGGAUUCCAUGGACCAAGAUCUGCUUUUAUUAUAUGGGCAAUACCGAUCUACUUUAGUAGAUCAUAUGGAUGUAGAAAAAGCUUCUCAUUUUGAUGAAUUGGAAACAUCUCUUUUCCAUUUCUAUUUACCCAGUUCAUAUCUUUGUUUCGUGUGUUCCCCGGAGGAAUUCGAUCUCUUCAAUCUCGGGAUACCACCUAAAUAACUAUAACUGCGGCCAGAGAGUCAAAUAGGUCGGGAAGAAAGAGUCUGAGGUUGCGUUGGACGACAUACAUCUUGGU